AUGACGGGGACUAUUCUGUUUCUCUUGUUUCUAGGGAUUCCUCUCUAUCACACAGAGGAGCAUACUGUUAAUGAGCUCUACACCCUGAUAGAGAAGGGUCAGAGCAGCUUUGUGGAUCCAGCUCUGAGCAACCAGAGUCGGCUGCUGGUCAAAGAGUCCUCCCUGCCCAUCAACGAGCUCCUGGAGAAGAACAGCAAGACGGUGGAGUCCAAGUUCGCCCUCCACCCUCUGCCUCCAGCUGUGUGGCCCAAGCACAGCGACCUGGCCCCCAUCCCUCGCCACCACACUCCCCACAACAAGAGCAAGAAGGGCCCCAAGAACGAUCGUCUGCUGGAGCACAACAGCGAGAAGGCCAGGAGCGAAGUAGCCGGCCUGCUCCCAAAACCCCAGCAGACAGGAGCCACAGCUGCUGCUGCUGCUGCUGCUGCUGCUGCUGCUGCCACCAACCGCACCAUGCAGAGGAGCAGCCAGGACGCCCUGUCUCACAUCAGCCCUCCACAGCACAGUGAACCAGAGGGACACCCCAACUCCAGGCCCAGGGGUCCGGCCCUGCACCUCCAGCCCCAGGCCCAGCCUCAGCAGCCCGCCCCGUCUCCACGGAGAGAUCACCCCAACCGCCGGCUGGACCCUGAGGAGAACCGGCCCGGCAAGUCCAGUCUGUAUCAGUCAGGUAUCAGUGCCGCGGCCCGGAACAACAGCCGCCCGCCUGUCGUCUUCAACCGGCGCUCGUCCAGCCUGCUGUACCAGUUCGACAUCCUGAGGCGAGAGUCGGACUUCACACAUGACGCCUUCUGCAUGAGCGAGUGCAGGAAGGAGAAGGACGAGAAGGAGUAUUACUGUUACAGCGAGUUUGCUGUGAACGGGAUAGUGCAUGACAUCGAGAUGCUGCGUAAAGGAAUAUGGCUCAUCACACUGAUGGUGAGCAGCGACGGCUUCUACAAGAUGAGUCGUCUGUACGUGUCCCCGGACAGCUUCUUCUUCAAAGUGCGCCUGCUGGUCCUGGACACGUUCAAGUGCAGCAAACCCUGUCCCGAUAUCAAACUGGGGACCAGAUACAUUGUAAUGGGGCAGAUCUACCACAGGAGGCGCCACCUGCCCAGUGACCUCCUGAACCUGCUGGGGGGUAAACUGAAGCCCGGCGACGGCCUCCUGCGGAGCAACAACUACAUCAAGAGAUUCAACAAGCGGAGACACCAGAAAGCCCUGGAGGCCACCCGCACCAGGUGUAGGUGAACAAAACAAAGAGACAAUCGCCCCCUGCUGCAGGGGAAGAGACACUGCAGCUUUCACAAACUGAUCGUAACUAGCCCCUGAGUGUUGUUCAAGAGAGAGGAAGGCAUGGAUUUACUUCCAUAAGGACUGCUCUAAUGUACCAUAAAGUAACAGAAUGUUUUGAGAGA